AUGAUCGUCUUGCUGGUUUCGCUCGGGCUGGCGCUGACCCGGCUUCACUCUCCGCUGAUGCAGCUCCACCACUCGGGCGAAAAGAUGUCCCGCGCCGCCGCGCCAGCGUCCGCCACUGCCGUCGGCGUCGGAGACACUGCCGGCAGCAUCACGAUUCCGGGAUGGGAGGACAGCGUCGCGAGGGAAAUCAAGCUUGGCAGCGACCCGGCUAGUGCGGCGCCCCUCGUCUGCGAGGACGACGUCACGCGGCUGCUCCAGGAGGCGCGUGACGCUGAGGCGGCGCUCAAGAAGCUGGAGCGGAAGCGGCGGGCGGACGAGGAGACAUUCAAGCAGCAGAUCUCCUCCGAGGAGGCGACGGGCGAGAGGUACGACGCGCUGCUCGCGGCGCACAUCCAGUCUCGCGACGCGGGCUACAACGCGGCGUGCGCGGCGUGCGAGGCGAUGAAGCGCAGGGCGGAGCUGGCCGGCCAGCUCCUCGAUGCCGAGCGGGCGACGCGCGCGAAAAAGGCAAAGGAAGACGCAGCGGAGGUGCGGUGGCGGGCAGAGCGCCGGGCGCGCGAGGGUGCGGCACGGGAGGAGGCCAGGCUUCGCGCCGCCUUUCUCGCGGCGUGA